AUGCAGGCGGAGCGGGGAGCUCGGGGCGGUCGCGGGCGGCGGCCCGGGCGCGGACGACCCGGCGGGGAUCGAGACGGCGACCGCGAGCGGGCCGGGGCCGCGGCGAGGGGCGGCGGCGGCGGGGACGGAGGCGGCCGCCGGGGCCGCGGCCGGGGCUUCCGCGUGGGCCGAGGAGGCCGCGCCCCGCGAGGAGGCCGCCGGGAGCUCGGAGGCCGGGGCGCCGGGCCGGGCGCGCGGGUUGAAGAUGGCAGUGAUUCAGAUACCUACAGAGAAGAGAAUGAGGAACAGGGAAAUUACUCCAAAAGAAAGGUCGUCUCCAACUGGGAUCGAUACCAGAAUACUGAAGAAGAGCUCAACACCGACGGCGGUGAAUCGCAGAGGGGGGCUGACUUCAGUGCGCUCCUGAGCUCAGCAGGGGACUCCUUCUCACAGUUCCGGUUUGCUGAGGAGAAAGAAUGGGAAGGUGACACCUCAUGUCCAAAACAGAAUUCAGCACUUUAUGUGGAUAGUGAGUCACUGGUUCGGGCCCUUCAAGAACUGCCCCUGUCACUCCGUCUCAACGUUGCUGCCGAGCUGGUCCAGGCUACGGUUCCUUUAGAGCUUCCUCAAGUGAAACCAAAGAGAAAGGGUGAUGGCAAGGGGCCAGGGAUGCAAUUACGGGGCUCGCUCUCGGAACUGAGGGCCUCUGCUGCUGGCGGUCCCAGGUCCCUGGGCAAAGAUGGCCCCCAGCUGGGCCCCUCGGGGGCAUCGCAGAGCCCCGCUUCGCUGCCACAGCCAGCAGCAGGCUGCCUGGAAGAGGAGCUAGAGCUGCUGCUCAGUUUAGAUGCGCCAGUCAGAGCAGGAGGGAGCAUCCCACUGGGCCAGACCUGGCAGAACCUGAGAUCUGAGGAAGGGGAGGAGGCCCAAAAGGAGACGGAACCAUCUGUGACUGGAGAAAAGAACGCGGACUCUGAGCAGGCAGCUACACCAAAAGACGUUACUGAGGAAGAGCUGGAAGACUGGCUGGACAGCAUGAUCUCCUGAGGGAUCAAGACGCAAGCUUCCACGGCCUUCCACGUAAGCGAGGCACAGGCUGCCCCUCAGGACCAGCCGCCGCUCCUUGUGCUUCUCGGAGGCGGAGGAGCGAGUGUGUGAGGCGUGCUGCUUUGUUUUCUGGCUGUUUCCUGACAGGCGGGACGUCCCAGCAUAGCCAGUGCUGCUUACUAAGAGAUCGCACACAAAAAACAGGCAUGAAUGUGGCCACAAUAAACACCCUCUGGUUUGUGGA